UGAAACGACCUCGGACUCUGCCGCUGCAUCCUUACACUACUUUCCGCCACGUCUGCAUCUCACGCCGUGCCGGCCCGAGCCUUUUGUUCACGUUCGUUUUGGUAUAUAUCCGCUGCUAGUUUCAGUUCCCGCGCCCGUGCCCUCAAGGAGCUCUUACCUCACAUUCCAACAUCUGGAUGGUCUCUCCACGUCGUCAUGGGUAUCCUCGAUCUUGCCGACGAACUUCUGCGCAUCAUCCUCGAGCAUGUUGCCUCGGAGCCAGAAAAACUCAUCAGCUUGGACCGUCGCGCAUAUCUAUCACAGGAGAGCUUUAAACCACCCCCGCCAGUCGAACCAGAUCAAGCUCAGACUAUCGCAGACUUGAGGCUCACGUGCAGGAAGUUCGCUGAUUUGGGAGCCAUCCACCAGUUCUCUAGAGUGACGACAAGGUUCUCAAGAAGAGGCCUGAAGCGCUUAGAGAACAUCGCAAGUCAGCGACAUCUGGCAGCGCGAGUGAAGAAGUUCAGCUACAUGGUGCCAUUCUUUUAUGUAGAAGGGCGAGAACGUGUGCAAGACCUCCUUCCAACGUUGACAGGCGAUCUCGGACUCCUGGACGCUAGUCAUUUUGUGCAAAAAGUUAAAGAGCAAAAGGAUAUAGUGCGCACGCGGGAAGACGCCCGCGUUUUGACACUGGCCAUAUCAGCCUUCACAUCCCUUCAACAUGUUCAGAUACUGAGACUUCAGGAUCGAGCGGACGGCAUGCUCAUGCAAUAUAUCCGGACACAUGAUGAAGUCAGCCAGAUGGUGGAGCUGAAGUGGCCGCCAGCUUGUCUACAUUCUACAAAAACCAUAGGUGAGGCGCUGAUUGCGUCAAAAUCACAGUGCUCCAGGUUUUCAUCGCCUAUGCUUAGCCCGGUAAGCGUUUUGGGCGCUGCAGAUAACCCGCCUACCGCUAUGAGGCUGCUCGCGCAACGACUUACGUGUCUUGAACUUCACUUUGACGACGGCAUAGAUCUGGACCAACGGAUGAGAGAUCUCUCAUCACUGUCAAAAGCUGUUUUCACAGCUGCGAUAAACUUAGAGGCUGUACAUAUUGGGUUUCCCUCGCACCGACCGCUCACUUUGCCAUUGGAAGAAAUUUUCCACAACGUAAAAUGGGAGAAGCUGCAAGCUUUUGGUAUCCAAGCAUGGCGUCUCGAUGCUGAUGAGAUUAUCGGUCUUGCCAGAAGACACAAAGACAUUUUGCGGGGCUUCAGAUUGCGAGAUGUGCUGUUGAAGGAAGGCAAGCGGUGGAAGGAUGUGCUAUCGUUCCUUCAAGAGAGCAUGACAAGAUUGGAAUGGGUCAGUCUUCGGAGGAUAGACUAUGCGAAACACUUUGACGACGCUUGGAUCAUGGGCGCCGAGGUACCAGAUGACCCGCUUGGAAGCGACAGCAGCGAUGAGAGCGAUGACUGGGACCCGUACGAGGACGAACUCGACCACGACGAGGACGACCAAGACCAAACAUACGUCAGUGACGGCUCGGUAGACGACUCCGAUUCGGACGCAGGUACGGACGAACCUGAACAGGGUGGUAACCUGCAUUUCCCGCCGCUGUCUCCGGACACACCCGCCUCGGUACCAUGGUGCAACUGCAACGGUCACAUGGAUAGUGUAGAAGUACUGGAAGACGAUGGCAUACUAGUGACAAACCUGCAGCGGAAGUUCUGGGAGAAGUGGGUUGUCAGAAAAAAGUGCACCGAACAACAUGACCACAAAUGACAAUAGGGCCGGCAAAACUUCUGAAAGGAGAGGUGUGGCUGCAUUUUGCUUUUUCGGUUCA